UUCAAACAAAACAUUGCAUAUUAUCAUGAUAAUAGAAUAAUGUAUAAAUCUUUAUUAAAUCAUCUCAUUCAAUUGCUCUCAAAUCGCAUCAAUGAAUCUGUCUCAUGAAUAUGUGUUGGUAUUUUACCUUAAAAUUUACUAAAAACGUGACUUGGAAAAUGUUUUUUACCCAUUAAGGAAAGAUUUCACUUUAGACAAGGGCAUGAAUAUUGGUCUCUGUCUAGGUCUAGGCAAGUUUGUGAUAAAGCUGUCUUUUUUGCAUCACCUGAUCACAUGAUGAAUGCGAGUAAUUCCCUAUCUAAUUCCAGAUAUACUUCUGUUGGAAUACCAGGAGAAUUCUAAGAUAACAAAACCAGGACACAGAUAUAGGAGAAUGGACAGCAGUUGGUCAUUAUCAUCAAACUAGUCACUUCUAUGUUCACCUUCCUAGGCGAUGUUCAGACGAUGGUGUUCGCUCUGAACCGAUGGAGGAGAACCACCCGGGGGAAGAAGAUUCUGCUUAUUCUAGCUGCUGGUCUGAUUAUUGUCAUCAUCAACAUCAUAUGUGGUGUCAACUUCAUGGACGCCCGCUAUCCUGUUGACUACAAUACUGAUGACAAGUCUUCUCCAUUUCGCGUACCUGACACAAACAGUGAGAACUUCUUCAGAGAACAACGCCGACGUGAAAGACUUCAGAUUUUCCAAAAGAUUUUCGAAAAACAGAGUCGCAGAAAAUCACAAAUCAGUAAUCAGACCUGUCAGCAUCCCCAUUUGGAUUUGAAGCAUGAUAGCAACAAAGAUGCAUUUCAUUCUAUGCCUCCACUGAACUGUACAGGGAAGAGCUUGUUCUACCUACACAAUCGGGUUGCACGGCUCAACAACACUGUGCUGCAGGGUAAGGAGCUUGGCAAGUGUUUGUAUUUUGGGAUAGAACGAAUGACUGAUGAUUUCUUUACCUACACAGAGAGCUUAGAAAAGACAGCACCUCCAUAUGACCUCAUUUUAAAUCACGACUUUCUGAGAAUACAGUGUAACUAUAAGAGCUCGGAAGAUGAAGAAAACAAUAAUGUGUAUCCUGGUUUUCGAAGACUGAUGUCAACAGAACAUAGGCGCCAAAAGGAUUAUUUUACAAAAAGUCAAAAUGGUUCCUUUCAUGAAACUAAUUUCAAACGUAAUCAUGAUGUAUUUGACAGAAAAAAUUUGAAAGAUGUGAUCCAUUUUUCUCAACAGCCUCAUAUAGACAAAAAGUCAAAUUCUUCUUUUGACGAAUUGAAAACAUGGAAUACAUCAGCUUCUUCACAGAAUGGUCAAGCACGGAAGCUAAACCAGCUGAACUUUGAGGAGGGUAGAGCUGGAGAUGAGUUAAAAGAACCAAUGAACGGUGCCGGCGACAUCAUGGCACCAUUUCCAGGUGGAAAUUCUGAUGAGAGUAAUCCUGCGGUUGGGCAGGGUUUAGAUGACAGCGAGGGAUUUGACUACCAGCAUUUUAUGGGAGCUGAAUGGAUGGAUAAAGAUUUUGAUCAGUUUCUUGUUCAAGUUGUUCCGAAGCAAGAAGUGUUUGAAAGAAUUGCCAAGGCUAAAUCCAACAUGAAGAAGCCAUCGUCCAAUAUGAACAUCCUCAUCAUAGCCAUGGAUUCAAUGUCACAGCUGUCCUACCAGAGGAAACUACCGCUGACUUAUCGAUACCUGAAGGAAGAGCUGGGGGCGAUCAUGCUGGAUGGCUACAAUAUUGUCGGUGAUGCUACCACUGCUGCCCUCAUCCCCAUGUUAACAGGGAAGACGGAGAUGGAGUUGCCGGAGGUGCGGAAGGAGGAGGAGGAUGCAAACUUUGUCGACGUCUACCCCAUGGUGUGGAACCGCUUCAAGGAGGCUGGCUACGCCACUCUGUUUGCAGAGGAUGAGCCAUCCAUCAGCACCUUCAACUUGCGCUUUAAUGGAUUCCAGGAAUCUCCUGCUGACCACUACAUGCGGCCAUUCUGGCAGGCCAUCUGGGAGUCCGGUCUUCGGUCACAGAGUCCGCGGUACACCACUGGCGCCACCAAACACCACAUCUACAUGCUGGACUACCUUAAAGACUUCUUUGUCAACUACAACAACGUGUCCAAGUUUGCAUUUGGCUUCAGCGUGGAACUCACUCACUGGGACAACAACCCUGGGGAGUACAUGGACAGAGAUCUUGUAGAGUUCCUGCAGCUUUUUCAGAAGAAGGGUUACCUUGACAACACAAUGCUGGUUGUCAUGGGCGACCAUGGUGCUAGAUACAGCAAGGUGCGGAAUACGGUUCAGGGGAAGCUUGAAGAGAGACUGCCAAUGAUGUCACUUGUGUUGCCGCCAUGGUUUCGUCAUGAAUAUCCAAAAGCUAAUGCAGCGUUAAAACGGAAUAGUAAACGUCUAACAACACCGUUUGACAUUCAUGAAACAUUUUUAGAUUUGUUGAAUCUUGAACGAUUGACAGUCCCCAUUAAUCCAGAACAGAGGGGGAUGAGUGUAUUGAGAGACAUUCCAGAUAACCGAACCUGUGCUUCGGCCAGGAUCGACAUCCACUGGUGUGCUUGUCUUCAUCAGGUGAAGGUCAACAUCGAGGAUAAGUUUGUUGUGACAGCGUCUGAGAAGGUUGUCAACUACAUUAAUGGGUUCACAGAGAAGCUUCGCGGUAACUGCUCGGAACUAAGUCUGAAGAGAAUAUACACUGCUUACAUGGUGCUGCCCAAUGAGAAGGUACUGAAGUUCCAAAAGACGACCGACCCAGAUUCAAGGAAUGCUAAUUUCAGUGGGUCAGUUGACCUUGACAAAGCUCACUACCAAAUUACCCUGGAGACACAUCCCAGUGAUGCCAUCUAUGAGGUUACAGUUCAGGUAGACUUCCGUAACGAGACAUACCAAUAUCACGUGACUCCAGAGAUCAGUCGCCUUAAUCUGUACGGAGACCAGCCCAAGUGUAUUCAGAAACACCAUCCAGACCUCAGAAAGUAUUGUUUUUGUCGGGACUUUGUAAAGCCAAUCUCUGAGGUCGGGAAGGGAGUGGCUUAGAGCCCAACUGUAUUGAGAAACACCAUCUUGACCUCAGAAAGUAUUGUUUUUGUCGGGACUUUGUAAAGCCAAUCUCUGAGGUCAGGAAGGGAGUGGCUUAGAGCCCAAGUGUAUUCAGAAACACCAUCCAGAACUUAGAAGUAUUGUUUUUGUUGGGACUUUGUAGAGCCAGUCUCUGAGGUCGUAAAGGGAGUGGCUUAGAGCCCAAGUGUAUUCAGAAACACCAUCUUGACCUCAGAAAGUAUUGUUUUUGUCGGGAGUUUGUAAAGCCAGUCUUUGAGGUCGUAAAGGGAGUGGCUUAGAGCCUAAGUGUAUUCAGAUACUCCAUUCUGACCUCAGAAAGAUAAUCAUGUUGAUAUGUUAUGUUAUCUGAAAGAUAUAUUAUAAGAUUCCAAAUGGUGAAAGAGCCAUGUGUUUAUGCCAGUUGCAGCAUGAAGAGUGCUAUUUUACAGUGAUUUUGACUCUAUAUACAUGUUUAUACAUAUACAUAGCUCGGCUAAUCUUUGUGAUUACAGGCCAUUUGGAAGAAAAUUAAAGUGUUUCUCACAUUAUGAUGCACCAGCUUUCAAAUCCCUGAAACACCUAAGUGAUGAAUUGCCAGAUUUUAGAAUAGGACCCUGAUUAUCAAGACAGUGAAAUUCUGUCUAUGGUGGUACUACUUCCAUUAAUUACUUCUUCAUGACCAAACAAUAUAAUUGUAUGGAUAAACGAGGCGAGACUAUGAGGAGUUUAACAAAUAUAAACUGUUAUUACUGUAAAUUAUGAUGAUUUAGCUCGUCACCUGUGAGCAUAGACGUUCCUUGAUCAAUGUCCUGGAUAUGAAUAAAACUGUGUGCGGUCCUCUGGGUAUUGAUCCAGUUACAAAUCCGAGGUUAUAUGGCCAGUUUUUCAGAAUCAGACAAUAUUUGUUAGUUCAAUAUAUUGUUAUCAUACUUAUGUCCAACAUAUGUGAUAUUUUUUAUCGAUGACUUUGACAGAUGUUUUUAAAAUAUGCAAAGACAUACCCCAUCUGUCAUUAUUUAAAAAAAAUAUUGUCUUUGAUAAUUUAUUGGCAAACAGAUGUUUGUGUUUUGCUCACCUUUGAAAACCUUGAACAUUGAUUGUGUUCUUGUCCGAGUUUGUGGUGGCAUGACUGGUCAUGUGUUCCUCAUGUGUGUACAAUAUAGACCAGUUUGAUAACCAGAGAUGUAUUGAGCACCUGACUGAAAGAUGUAACUCACAGUACUGUUGUUUGUGUAACAUACAGUAUAUUAUGUGGGAUGUAUUGUGAAGGAAAAAUGUUAAUUAUCUAUGUCAUGGGGUUGGAGAGUAUUUCCUUAACCAUGCUCCGUAGGUGUUCAUAACCGAUUGGCUGUUACAGAAAUAACUGCCCCUGUUUUGUUGGGGUGGUGGGGUAGCCUAAUGGUUGAUUCCCCACAUGGGUACAAUGUGUGAAACCCAUUUCUGAUAUUCCCAGCGGUGAUAUUGCUGGAGUAUUGCUAAAAGCGACGUAAAACCAUACUCUCCCUCCCUGGUUGGUUGGUUGCCUUUCAGAAAGUAUUUGGAAGCUCUUUUUCUACUACGUUGAUCAUGUACUUUUGUAAUUGGGAAUGUUUACAGUUUUAUUAGAAUCGAUCAGUAACCACACCUAUAUUUUUGAGAUAAUUGUCUUUCACGUUGAAGGUCAAGGUCAUAGCCUACAAGAAAUUACCCCGAGAUAUUGCUGAGAAUCUGAUUAAGGUUGUUGGUUAAUGAAAUUUGGUACAUUUUUUUAGGUGA